GGGCUGCUUGCCGGGUUCACAGUGUGGGGUGUGUGUGUUUGAACAAGAGACGCAGAAAAGUUAGCAGCGGAUUGUUUUCUGGCGUCCUGACCCGCAGCAGCAGCAGCAGCAUCCGUCGAGAGCAUCAUCAUGGCAAACAAAGCACAGCAGCCUCCUCACCUGCACCUGGCCGAGGUCACCGCGUCCCAGUUCAUCGACAUCUGGAAACAUUUCGACGCUGACGGUAAUGGCUACAUCGAGGGGAAGGAGCUGGAGAACUUCUUCAGGGAGUUGGAGAUGGCCCGGAGAGGAGCAGGGGUGGACCCUACAAACCCCGUAUUCAGAGAAAGGAUGAAGGAGUUCAUGCAGAAGUUUGACAAGAACAAAGAUGGACGGAUUGAGAUGUCAGAGCUGGCCCAGAUUCUCCCAACUGAAGAGAACUUCCUGCUCUGCUUCAGACAGUUUGUCAGCUCCAGUGCUGAGUUUAUGGCGGCAUGGCGGCGAUAUGAUACAGAUCGCAGUGGCUACAUUGAAGCAAAUGAAUUGAAGGGCUUUCUGUCGGACCUGCUGGAGAAGGCUAACAGACACUACGAUGACAAGAAGCUCCAGGAGUACACACAGACCAUACUCAGGAUGUUUGAUCUGAAUGGAGAUGGGAAGUUGGGCCUGUCAGAGAUGGCAAGGCUUCUCCCUGUUCAGGAGAAUUUCUUACUCAAAUUCCAGGGUGUCAAGUUGAGCUCUGAGCAGUUCAAUGCCAUCUUCACAUUCUAUGACAAGGAUGGAAAUGGCUACAUUGAUGAGCUGGAGUUGGAUGCCCUGCUACGAGACCUUUACCAGACAAACAAGAAGGAGAUGGACCUGAAGAACCUGACGGGCUACAAGGAAAGCAUCAUGAGCCUGUCCGACGGAGGGAAGCUCUACCGUGGAGAGCUGGAAAUCGUCCUCUGCAGGGAGCCAAUCCCGUGACUCUUCCCCCUCUCUCUCUUGUUGUUUAUCAUCAUUUUCUCUGCCUGCCCCGCCCUGCUCUCCCAAGACCACGCCCACAUCCAGCUGCCUGGCAACAACAUAUACCAGGUGCAUGUGCCAGACACCCCCUAUCAUUUCCCCAAGUUACAACAUCAGAAUGAAUAAGUGCACCGUCAGCACGCAACAGCUCUUCCCCCUUAAGCCCUCA